CUUUGCUGCAAUGGCUGCCGCGGAGUCGCAACCACGGUUUGGUCAAUCUGUCAAAGGAUUAUUGUCCGAUAAAGUGGGCUCCUGCAGCGGGGAUGUGAUCGCCCUGACUCGCCAGGUGCUAAAGGGAUCACGGAGUCAAGAGCUCCUGGGACAGGCUGCCAGAAACAUGGUCAUUCAGGAGGACGCCAUUCUGCACUCAGAGGAUAGUUUGAGAAAAAUGUCCAUCAUCACCACCCAUUUGCAAUAUCAACAAGAGGCCAUCCAGAAGAAUGUGGAACACUCCAAAAACCUCCAGGAUCAACUGAGGCAUUUACUGAAGUGAAGUGUCUGCACUGAGACACUUAAAUGAAAGACUAUGAGCUGUUCCUGUCUGUGUUACCAUGUUGCUUCUUGGGAGAAAAUAUGUGCAGACCCCCCCUGUUGCAACCUUGGGAAAACCCAAUUCCUCAUUGAAACUAGUGGAGAACCCCCCCCCCCCCCCCUCACUAUGAUCUCAAACUGUGUUUUUAAUACACAAUGAAAUUAAAUACAGACUACUCCUUGCUAAUCAGAAAACUCUCAGGUAUGUUGUGGUGGACUGUCAUUACAAUUGUUUCACAGGAACCUAACCAGCUGAGCUAGCAAACCAGCUGAGCUAACAAUGUAACAAAUGUAUAAUUUUGUAUAAAAUAAUCCAACAGGCUCCACAUUACAAGAAUCACAGUACCCCCUGGGGCACUGUUAAUUUAUUUAGCCAUUUAAUCUGUUUUUUGAAGAAAAAUCUAAUUUUCCCACUGCUUUCAUGUGUUUGAAACGAGAGCUUGAAUGAGGUGUCCUACUCCACAGCAGUUGCUUUCCAUUGGAGCACUGAGAUUGGUUGGCCAAAACUUUGGGGCGGUGCUUGGCGAAGGGUAAAUUCUAUCAGAAUGUUCUCUAACGUUGCACCUGGCCUUUUGGGCUGGAUGCUGCCUGGAAGUCUCCCCAGGUACAUGCUGUUCUUAAGAAUAUGCAUAUCAGCAUAUGGUGCUCUUAUCCUGCAUAUUAGUGACUCUUAUUUAUUAAAGUCCUACUCCAGUCUC